GUCAUCGCAUCGCAUCGCAACCGGGAACCUUAUAAGUUUUAACCGAGAGAGAGAGAGAGCCAAACCUUCCAUCCAUCCUUCCUCUCAACGCUGACAUCUCUGCUUCUCUCCGUAGUGCAUUGCAUCGGUUAACUGGAUAAAGAAAAUCAUGUCACGCCGUUACUCUCAAAACAACAACAGGCAGCAACAACAAGAAUGGAGAAGCAAUAACAGCAGUAAUUUCUCCAAACCACAAACCAAAUUCGUCCCCAAAAAUCAAAACCCUAACUCCAACCCUACUCUAUCCGAUUCUCUAAGGCAAUCUCUCUCAAGUCAAUCCGAUGCCGCCGCCGCCGCCGCUCCAGCAUCGAGCGGUAAUAUGGGCGCAGGGGAGUCGUCGAGUAGGAUUCAAAUGAGAGAUGACGGGGCGUGGAUGUCUAGAAAAGCUGUAGCUGGUGUUCAGGGCGGUGGCAAAUUUGUAACUUACUUGCCGCAGGAUGAGGCUGUGGCUGCGGGACUCGGUGCCGAUGAAGGAGGGUUGGAUCCAGUAGAAUCACAGAGAGUUGUUGAUCUUUUGAGUAGAGAAUUGUCUCGGUUACUCAAGUUGAAACCUAAAGAAUUUUGGAAAGAAGUGGCUAGUGAUGUGUCGUUGCAUGAUUUUCUGGAUAGCUUCUUGAAAUUUAGGAGCAGAUGGUAUGAUUUCCCACAUCGUGGAGUCAAAGGAAUUGUUGCAGGGGUAAUUGUUGGAGAGCUUGACUUAUGUCGCCGUGUUUUCAUGGUAUUGUAUCGCAUAUCUUCCAAUAGGGCUCCGGGUGUCGAGGCCGCUGAAAGCUUGAACUCAAAGGAUCAUGCUGUCCUCUUGCAGGAAAAGAAGUUACUGGACUUGCCUAAGUUGUUGGAUAUAUGUUCCAUUUACGGUCAUGAAAAUGAAGAACUGACCGGAUUGUUGGUCAAGAAUGCCUUGAAAGCCCAGCCUUGGCUCCAUGAUGAUCUGGCCAAUUUAAUGACCCAUUUCCUGGGCAUCAUUCACACAAUGCAUCAACGUUGCAUGUCAUCUUUGGAGGUAUUAUUAUCCGCUGGAAGCCAUGAAGACCAUCGAUCCAGCCCGCUUCUAACUGAUUACUUAGAAGUGAUGGACUUUAUAAAUGAUGCAAUUGUCUCCAUGGAUGCUUUUGUUACAGCAUAUGAAUCAGCAGCUGUGUUCUUCUCGUGCCCUGUUGAAAUGAGUCAUGGGAAUGAGGAAAUGCUGAUCACCCUUGCAAGAUUGCAUGAUACUUUAAUUCCAGCUUUGCAGCGAGGCUUUCGAGUCAUCUUGACAGGAGGGGAUGAUAGAAUGAUAUUGAAUGUUGCGGUUAGUUUAAAGAUGUUGUCAAUGAGGCUGUCCAAAUUUGGAUGGAAAUUGUUGGACACUUGCUAUUUAAGUGAUCGAGUUUUUGAAGAUCACCUUCCCAUUCCCCAUGUAACAAAGAUGUUUCCUGCAAAAGUAGAGGAUCCCGUCAUAAGGACAGACAUAUUGAUUCAGACUUUUAGGGAGAUCAAUGGAGUUCUCCUUGCUGCUCAGGAAAACCAGAGCAAAGUUUCAUUCCUUCAGAAUCUUGAUAGGAAUCAUCAUAUAAUGAGUAGGCUUCAGAGUUUACAAAAUGCCGGGUGGAUUUUCAUGGAUGAUGAACAGCUCCAGUAUUUAUCUGGGAUAAUGGCUUCUAAUCUGAAAGGCACCAUUAAGGACUCACCUGCUUUUCCAACUGCCACUGCGAGCAACAAAGUACAGAUGGGUGAAGAUGUUGCCAUCAUGGAGUCCAAAAUCAGUCAAAUAAAGGACCUUUUUCCUGACUAUGGUAAAGGGUUCCUAGCUGCUUGUCUUGAAGCUUAUAAUCAUAAUCCCGAGGAGGUCAUUCAGAGGAUACUAGAGGGGACCCUCCAUGAAGAUCUAAGGUGUUUGGAUACUUCAUCGGAGACGAUGCCACUGCCCAAAGCUGCUUCAACUGUGGGCAAGAAAGAUAAAGGAAAAGGAAAGUUGGUUGAAUCUACACUUCCUUCAACAACAUCACUGCACUCUGUUAAUCCAGUGGUCCCAGUGGAGCAGCGACAAGUUGAGGGUCCCUCUGUUUCGUCAUCAUCUACAACUGGAAGGUUUGUCAGGAAGCCUAAUGACAUCCCUGGUCACUACACCACUGACACCAGAGAUCACAAGGAUACUGCAAGGAUGGCUGCUCUAAUUUCACAGUAUGAAUACGAAGAUGAGUAUGACGACUCCUUUGAUGAUCUGGGUUUCAGUGUUGCCGAUUCCGGGGUGGAGGAGAAUGAACUAUUAGGUAACAGAAUAAACUCUAAUUCAGGGAUAUCAUCAGGGACCAAAACUGAAACCUCUGCUCAAAACUCUCCUAAUACUAAAUGGGGCUCCAGGAAAAAGCCGCAAUAUUAUGUGAAGGAUGGAAAGAACUAUAGUUACAAGGUUGCAGGUUCAGUCGCGGUGGCAAAUGCUAAUGAAGCUUCUCUUAUUAAUCAAGUACACGGAGAACAAAUUCAUGGUCUUGGACGUGGUGGUAAUAUUCCCCUAGGUGCAACUAAAAAGUUGGCUGAGUAUCAAGAGAAGGAUCGGGACCAGUCUGAUGAACCCGAGAUGGAAGGGAGAGGGAAUUACAGGGGUCGGCCCUGGGGCAGAGGAAGUAGGGGAGGAGGAAGGCUGAGGGAGUCAAAUGAUGUCCAAGACAACCAGUCUGAUGGCUCUGAGAUUCAAGGGAGAGAAAGUACUCCUAACCAUAGAGGUAGAGGUCGGGGAAGAGGAAGUAAUCAUAACUACAGGAAGGAUAGAGCCAUGAAUAAGCACUUCUCUGGAUUGUCUGGUUUCUAAGUGCUCGUGGGAUGUUCAUGCUUAAACAAAAUGUAUAAAAAAAAAUGAAUUUAUGGUGAGAUAUACAAUGUUUGAGAGCUUCAUACAGCUGUAUAGUCGGGCUGCUGUUUGCAUGGCCUGGACUGUGGUCAACAUUUUUGUGGCCUGGACUGUGGUCAAACAUUUUUGUGGCAUUUUAUAUCAGGGACACUCUUUCCUGGUGCCUGUUUUCUAUGGUUUUACGGUCCAGUUUGAAUAAAAAACUCGAGACAGAGUUGAAGCAAUUGACAUGAA